AUGUCCCUGAGACUCCAGAUUUAUGGAUUCAGGCUCCUGAUACAUCUAGAGUCUGUUCCACUUCUAAUUCAGGAAUAUACAGUUGCCCCAGUGAAUACUAUUGCGGCAAUCCCGAACAUCUAACAUCUCUUGCAAAUGAAAACUUAGAAUCAAAUGUCUUGA